AUAGGACGUUCUCUCUCUCUCUGAGCUCUCCUCCUGCAUUAAUCCAGUCUAGCCCCCUUCUCUCUCUCCUCCCCGUUCACUCCCCUACCCUUGGCUGGCAGACCGACUGACGCACCACUGUGUACCAGGCCCUGUUGUUAGAACCCACCCAGCCAUAGCCCUGACUGGGGUGGUCUAGCUCUCUCCGUUUCUCUCUAUUGCUCGAAGCGGAUACUCCCUGCAUGGAUACACUGAGGGAGGCUGUUAGCUGAUAUUAACGGAAGGAAACAUAUCAAGGAGGAACCCACUGCGGUUGUUGAAUUCGAGGUGGUUUGGUGUCAGGUGUCUACCUGGCAACAAGUCCCUCCCCUCCUGACUGAACUCCUCUAUAAACACGUCGCCCCCCACUGACAGGAAGCAUGGCGGGGGCUUCAGUGAAAGUGGCAGUCCGGGUCCGCCCCUUCAACUCUCGAGAGAUCGGGAAGGAGAGCAAGUGCAUCAUCCAGAUGACAGGGAACACCACAACGAUCCUAAACCCCAAACAGCCGAAGGAGAACAAGAGCUUCAACUUCGACUACUCCUACUGGUCACAUACCACGCCGGACGACAUCAACUAUCAUUCACAGAAGCAGGUGUACAAAGACAUUGGAGAGGAGAUGUUGCUGCAUGCCUUUGAGGGCUACAACGUGUGUAUCUUUGCAUAUGGCCAGACUGGAUCUGGGAAGAGCUACACCAUGAUGGGCAAGCAGGACCAGAAGGACCAGCAAGGCAUUAUCCCUCUGCUGUGUGAGGACCUCUUCACCAAGAUCAGUGACAGCAAUACCGACAACAGCUUGUCCUACUCCGUAGAGGUGAGCUACAUGGAGAUCUACUGUGAGCGUGUGCGUGACCUGCUAAACCCAAAGAACAAAGGGAACCUGCGUGUGAGAGAGCACCCCCUGAUGGGGCCCUACGUGGAGGAUCUGUCGAAACUAGCCGUCACCUCCUACAACGACAUCCAGGACCUGAUGGAGUCUGGCAACAAGGCCAGGACGGUGGCAGCCACCAACAUGAACGAGACCAGCAGCCGCUCUCACGCUGUCUUCAACAUCAUCUUCACUCAGAAGAAACACGACAUGGAUUCAGAGAACACAUCUGAGAAGGUGAGCAAGAUCAGCCUGGUGGAUCUGGCUGGGAGUGAGAGAGCUGACUCUACAGGAGCCAAAGGAACCAGGCUGAAGGAAGGAGCAAAUAUCAACAAAUCUCUAACCACACUGGGAAAAGUCAUCUCUGCUUUAGCUGAAGUGGACUCCGCACCAAAUAAGAACAAGAAGAAGAAGAAGGUGGAGAGCCAUAUCCCAUACAGAGACUCAGUGCUGACCUGGCUACUGAGAGAGAACCUGGGAGGUAACUCUCGCACCGCCAUGGUGGCAGCCCUCAGCCCUGCUGAUAUCAACUAUGACGAGACCCUGAGCACCCUCAGGUAUGCAGACCGCGCUAAGCAGAUCCGCUGUAACGCUGUUAUCAACGAGGACCCCAACAACCGUCUGGUGCGUGAGUUGAAGGAGGAGGUGUGUCGCCUCAAGGACCUCCUCUUUGCUCAGGGUCUGGGAGAUAUCAUAGACACGUAUCGAUGUCCUGGUCCUGUGAUAGCUGGUUUGAAAACCUUUCAGCCUGGAGAUUAUACUGCAAACUUGUGUGAUUACAACAACUUUGUCAAUAAACGCCAGGCUGUCAAUCAAAUGGGUGAUCUAUCCACAGUGACCAAUGCCAUGACUGGGAUGAGCCCCUCCCCCUCACUCUCUGCUCUGUCCAGCCGCGCGGGCUCCAUGGCAAACCUGCACGACCGCAUCUUCAGCCCCGCCUCCGAGGAGGCCAUAGAGAGACUCAAGGAAACAGAGAAAAUCAUUGCAGAGCUCAAUGAAACUUGGGAGGAGAAGCUGCGCCGUACUGAAGAUAUCCGGAUGCAGAGGGAAGCCCUACUGGCUGAGAUGGGUGUGGCCAUGAGAGAAGAUGGAGGCACCGUGGGCGUGUUCUCCCCCAAGAAGACCCCUCACCUGGUGAACCUAAACGAGGACCCGUUGAUGUCUGAGUGCUUACUCUACUACAUCAAAGAUGGGACCACCAAGGUGGGUCGUGAGGACGCCAGAAGUCGCCAGGACAUCGUUCUCAGCGGCCAUUUUAUCCAGGACGAGCACUGCACCUUCAGCAGCACCACAGGCCCCGGGGGAGAAGGGAACGUCUUCCUGGAGCCCUGCGAGGGGGCGGAGAUCUAUGUCAACGGGAAACUGGUGACCAUGCCUACUCUGCUUCGCUCAGGGAACCGCAUUAUCAUGGGGAAGAGCCAUGUGUUCCGCUUCAAUGACCCGGAGCAGGCGCGGCAGGAGCGGGAGAGGACGCCCUUCGCUGAGACCCCCGUGGAGCCCGUGGACUGGGCCUUCGCCCAGAGAGAGCUGCUGGAGAAACAGGGCAUCGACAUGAAGCAGGAGAUGGAGUCAAGGCUUCAAGAGUUAGAAGAUCAGUACCGCAGAGAACGAGAGGAGGCCAGUAACCUUCUGGAACAACAGAGACUGGACUAUGAGAGUAAACUUGAGGCCCUGCAGAAACAGGUGGAUAGAAACUCCCGUUGCCUGGAGCCCCCAGAGGAAGAGGAGGAGCCUGAGGAGGAAGUUUUUCCCAUAGUUCCAUGGACCAAGUGUGAGACGGAGCUUGCACUGUGGGCAUUCCGUAAGUGGCGUUUCUACCAGUUUACCUCCCUCAGGGACCUGCUGUGGGGAAACGCCAUUUUCCUCAAGGAAGCCAACGCCAUCAGUGUGGAGCUCAAGAAGAAGGUCCAGUUCCAGUUUGUGCUGCUGACCGACACUCUGUACUCCCCACUGCCCCCGGACCUGCUGCCCCCCAGCGUGACCAAGGAGAGGGAGAGACAGCCCUUCCCCCGCACCAUCGUAGCAGUGGACAUCCAGGACCAGAAGAACGGGGCCACACACUACUGGACCCUGGAGAAACUCAGGCAUAGGCUGGACCUGAUGAGGGAGAUGUACGACCGUGCGGCGGAGGUGCCCAGCAGCACUGUGGAGGACUGUGACCAGGCCCUGACCGGGGGAGACCCCUUCUAUGACCGCUUCCCAUGGUUCCGUCUGGUGGGCAGGGCCUUUGUGUACCUGAGUAACCUGCUGUACCCCGUGCCCCUGGUGCACCGUGUGGCCAUCGUCAGUGAGAAGGGAGAGGUGAAGGGCUUCCUCAGGGUGGCAGUGCAGGCCAUCUCAGCUGAUGAAGAAGCGCCUGACUACGGCUCUGGCGUCAGACAGUCAGGAACUGCCAAGAUCUCCUUUGAGGACCAACAGUUUGAGAAGUUCCAGACAGAGUCGUGUUCUGGCAGCAUGUCUCACUCUAACACCUCCCAAGAGGAGCUCCGCUUUGUUGAGGGGGAGGGACAGACCUCUGACAUAGGAGCUGACCCUGACGAGGUCAACAACAACACCUGUGCUGACUUGUCCCCCGUCACAGCCACUCCGGAGGCCCCUCAGAGCCCAUUGAAGGGGGUUCUGGGUCUGGAACUACCCCUGGAGCUGAACCAGGAGAAGGCCCUGUCCCACCUCCGCAUCGGAUCUACUUUCACCUUCAGGGUCACCGUGCUACAAGCCUCCAGCAUCUCUGCUGAAUAUGCCGAUAUCUUCUGCCAGUUCAACUUCAUCCACCGACAUGACGAGGCGUUCUCCACUGAGCCACUGAAGAACACAGGCAGAGGACCUCCUCUGGGAUUCUACCAUGUACAAAAUAUCACGGUAGAGGUCACCAAGUCGUUUGUGGAGUACAUCAAGACCCAGCCCAUCGUCUUCGAGGUGUUUGGUCACUACCAGAAACAGCCGUUCCCACCUCUCUGCAAAGACCUCAUCAGUUCGCACUUUUUUUACAGUCCCCUUCGACCUUCUAGGAGGCAAUUCCCGAGGGUCAUGCCCUUGUCUAAACCAGUGCCGGCCACCAAGCUAAACACCUUGACCCGCUCCAUGGCAGGCCCAUGUCACUCCAAAUAUGACCUCAUGGCCUUCUUUGAGAUCUGUGAGCUGGAGGCCAAUGGAGACUAUAUCCCUUCAGUGGUGGACCACAGAGGUGGCAUGCCUUGCCAUGGAACCUUCCUCCUUCAUCAGGGCAUCCAGAGGAGGAUCACAGUUACCAUAGCACACGAGACAGGAAAUGACGUAGAGUGGAAGGAGGUCAAGGAGCUGGUGGUGGGUCGUAUCCGGAAUACUCCGGAGGCUGACGAGACCAUCAUUGACCCAAACAUCCUCUCCCUCAACAUCUUGUCUGCAGGCUACGUCUGGCCCUCGUAUGACGACAAUGUUUCCCUGGGAGUUGACCAUAGGACGUUUUACCGGUUUGAGGCAGCAUGGGACAGCUCCAUGCACAACUCCCUCCUUCUGAACCGCGUCACUCCCUAUGGAGAGAAGAUCUACAUCACCCUCUCAGCCUACCUAGAGAUGGAGAACUGCACCCAGCCGACGGUGAUCACCAAAGACUUCUGUAUGGUGUUCUACUCCCGUGACGCCAAGCUCCCUGCCUCUCGCUCCAUUAGAAACCUUUUCAGCACCGGCUGCCUAAGGCCCUCAGAGAGUAACCGUGUCACUGGAGUGUAUGAAGUCAGUCUCUGCCAUGUCGCUGAUGCCGGAAGUCCAGGCAUGCAGCGGCGGCGCAGGCGCGUCUUGGACACCUCAGUGGCGUACGUCCGUGGAGAGGAGAACCUGGCUGGGUGGAGGCCCCGUAGCGACAGCCUCAUCCUGGACCACCAGUGGGAGCUGGAGAAACUCAGCCUGCUGCAGGAGGUAGAGAAGACCAGGCACUACCUGCUGCUGCGGGAGAAACUAGAGGCCACCCUGGCCGCGGGGCAGGACGCGCUCUGCAAGAGUGGCGACAUCAGCGACUUUGCUAAGAGCCCCAUCCUCAGCUACAGCCCCGGGGGCAGUCCCGCCCUGGAAAGCCCCAGCCAGAGGCAAAGGGAGCUGGCUGCCAAGUGUCUGCGGUUGCUCAUGCACACCUUCAACAGGGAGUACAGCCAGGUGAGCAGCAGUGCCAGUGAGAGCAAGCUGUCUGAGAUGUCAGCGUCGCUGAUGUCACCGGCCUCUUCUGGUCUGAGCACGCUAACGCCGUCCUCUACUUGCCCCUCCUUGGUGGAAGGACAUUAUGACAUCAGACACAUUGAGCCCAGCUCUGGAGCUUCAACCCCAGACCUGGAUCCCUUCAGCCCUGUAGAUAGGAAGAGGAUCCCGGGUAGAGGCUGCACUUUUGUCCCUGACAUCCAGGAGAUCCGUGUCAGCCCCAUCGUGUCGAAGAAAGGCUACCUGCACUUCCUGGAGCCCCACACCAGUGGCUGGGUGAAGCGCUACGUGGUGGUACGCCGGCCCUACGUCUACCUGUACCGCAACGAGAGGGACAAUGUGGAGCGCGCUGUCAUCAACCUCUCCUCUGCCCAGGUGGAAUACAGCGAGGACAAGCAGACUCUGCUCCGGACUCCAAACACAUUUGCAGUGUGCACCGAGCAUCGUGGAAUACUCCUCCAGGCCAGUAAUGACAAGGAGAUGCACGACUGGCUGUAUGCUUUUAACCCCCUACUAGCCGGAACUAUCAGGUCUAAGCUCUCCAGAAGAAAGUCAGGCCCAAGGAUGUGAGCGAGAGGAACACACACGGGAGGGU